UUCCAUCACCAGGACAGCUUCAGCACAGAGUUCACAGCGUGGGACAAUUUCCGGUGUCUGUCAGACAGCCUCUCAAAGCUACUGCCUAUGUAAGCCCAACCGUACAAGGUAGUAGCAUCAGUAGCAGCAGUAAUAGCAGUAUUCCAGUGUCCAACAAUGUGCAGUUACAUUCUAACACUGGGAUCCCAAUGCCAAACAAGACUGCCAGCCAAGGGAUUGUAGGGCGCAGUGCUCUUCCGAGACCAUCGCUGGCCAUCAAUGGGAGUGGCAUACCCAGAAGUAAAAUUGCACAGCCAGUUCGAAGUUUUCUUCAGCCUCCAAAGCCACUUUCAUCGCUCAGCACGAUGCGGGAUGGGAACUGGAGAGACGGCUGCUAUUGAUGAAGGAUGCCCAUCAAGAGUGGAAAAUAAAUAAUGCGGAUUUCAUUACCCAGCUGGCUGGGUAAUAAUGCUUUGAGAAAGGAGGGUCACACAGUAUUAUUUCCCCCGGGAUUUUAAUAUGUAACCAUCCAUAAUAAAAUGUCAUUUUAAAAAAAUGAACAUCUUAUCAAAUACUAAAUGUUGCACUUAAUUAGUUACCUGAACAGCUGCAUUGGUAUCAGACUAACAAUGGCAUUGUUGGCAUUUGGAACUGAAGAUUAAGUAUUAUAGAUGUGCAAAGUACCAGAAUAUUUCCUUGGAAGAAACUAGGAGAUAAUGCUUUCCAGGCAGCUUUGCCAUACUGAAAUUUUAAGAUAAUUUAUUCAGUGUAAAGGCAUCAUACAUUUUAUUUUGAAUUUGGGGGGACUUAUGUAUGUGCUUGAAUUUUUUUCUAGUGUUUCCAGUACAUUUUAUUUUGUAUACUUGAGUUCAUUUAAACUUGCCUGAACCUUGGACAAUGGAGAGAUAAUUUAACUUUUCUGUGCCAUAAAUAAUAUUUUUUGGGUAAUGUACUUUUUUAGCGCUAGGAACAUAUCUCACAAAAUCGUACCAUUGGCAAUACAAAGCAGUAUAUAUAUGUUGCAGAAGCACAAAAAAGUAGCAUUCACUGGUAAUUGUCAUCCAGCUGGGUCAGCAUGGUUUUGUUGGUCUUUCGCCAUUUGUUCAAUUGUUAAUUUAUUGUCAUGGUGUUUUGUAUUUAAAAUGGCAGCAUAAGUCACAUUGCACUUACAAAGAUACAGUGAUCUCUAAAACUACAGUUGGUUUUCAGUACUUUAUUACAAAGGAUAAAAUUGUGAUGUUUUAUUAACAGUUGCUUAUGGAAAAUGAGUUUUAAUGCAAAUAAAUCUUUUUGAUAGAUCUUUUACAAAAUCCAAUUGCACUAAUCAAUGCUUUCUUAUAAUGGCAUAUGACUUAAUAUUUGAUUACAACUGUGUAUACUGCUGUUUUCGAAUGUUUCAGAAAUAAAGAGUCUAUUUCAGCAA